AAUGCCGUGGAGCCAUACAGCCUUUAAUUCACUAGGAACUCGAAGAUCGGAGGCUGAUUUAGGGUCCAGUUUGCAGUGGCGGGUGCACUUUCCCGACUGUCACGGGAGGGGAUGGAUUUCCUCACAGGAGGCAGAAGGGGAGAUUUUUUGUUAAACGGCAUUAACCUAUUUUCAUCACUGUCUUUCCAGAACUUUCUACCCAACUGUAAGAGGCCGAGGCCUGGAGCCCCAGCCACCCGAAGGCCGGUCAGUCCUCCGGGCUCGGGACGCGCGCAGCCCCGCCCGCGCCCCGCCCUGCGGCGGGCCGAGCCCCGGGGCCCCGGAGCCCGGGGGGGGGCAGCGCUUGGAGCCUGGGCGGCCCCGGGGCUGCACGACCAGCGCGCCGGGCGCCGACUUCCGCUUCCCAAGAGCCGAGCAGCCCGCCGGCCACAAGCAUGGAGCCCGGGGCCGCUCGCGCGCGCGGCGGGGCGGGGCGCCGGGGAGGCGGGGCGCGCGGCCCGCGUGGUGGUGCCGCAGCCGCCCCCGCUGCCGAGCGGAGCCGAGAGCCGGCGGCGGAGCCCGAGCGGACGCGUGCGUGACCUGCAGAACGCGGCCGCCGGCUCCUUCGCCUCUGCGUUUGCUGCGCUGGUGCUCUGCCCCACUGAGCUUGUCAAAUGCCGGCUGCAGACCAUGCAUGAGAUGGAGACGUCCGGAAAGAUCGCCAGAAGCCAGAAUACAGUUUGGUCUGUUGUGAAGAGCAUCCUGAGGAAGGAGGGUCCCUUGGGCUUCUACCAGGGACUCUCGAGCACUUUACUCCGAGAAGUACCUGGCUAUUUCCUCUUCUUCGGCGGCUAUGAGCUGAGCCGGUCAUUUUUUGCAUCAGGAAGAUCGAAAGAUGACCUAGGCCCCGUCCCUCUGAUGCUAAGUGGUGGAGUUGGUGGAAUCUGCCUCUGGCUGGCUGUUUACCCAGUGGACUGUGUCAAAUCCAGAAUUCAAGUUCUGUCCAUGUCCGGAAAACAAGCUGGAUUUAUCGGAACCUUUAUAAGUGUUGUGAAAAACGAAGGAGUGACGGCCUUGUACUCUGGACUGAAGCCUACGGUGAUCCGAGCAUUCCCUGCCAACGGGGCGCUGUUCCUGGCCUACGAGUACAGCAGGAAGCUGAUGAUGAACCAGUUCGAAGCGCACUGAAGCGCUCUGGGGAACCGAGAGCCGAGCGCAGGCGUCUGGGGACGACAGCGCAUCUCAGGGGGUCACGGAGCACAAGACCAACCCGGGGGGUGUGGAGGCUUUCACCCCUUGGGACUUGUCGUCUUUGGUCUUCCCUCAUUCUACCCUAAAUCUUAACGGAAGGGCCUCUGUUUUGUGUCGUAUCAUACAACUUCUGCCCAUCACUGUUCUGAAAUAGAAAAGUUGCUGCUCUUGUCCUCGGUGGGACAUUUCAGGGGAGACUGCUGGCCCCAGUGAAAGGCUGAGAGCGGUUCUGUUGGGUCUCGCGUGCACCGGCGUGUGCUCUUGCAGUCUGGAUGGCUGCGUGUGGCUGCGUGCUGAGUGAAGCGCGGUUUGGUUCUGUGUUUCACGUCAGAUCACACCAGAGAAGCCCAGAGGUGCCACGUUCGUGACGGUCACACACGAUUGAUGAGCCUAUUCUAGUUGUAGGGUCCCUUUAAAAUCUGCUUAGCAUGUGCACUGUACUAGGGGAUUACAGUCUUUAAAAAGUUUUCCUGGGGUGCUUGAAAACUAAAAUUCCAUCUAGAUUUUGAAGAGGACAAUAUACCUACACACUGGUGUGGCUUCCACGUUCCUGAUUUAAGUUGUGUGGGCAUCCUGCAUUCUCCCAAGGGGCUCUAGUGUUAAAAUAGUGCCAUUCAUUCUGAGGUGGGACCAUAUUCCACUCUGACAUCUGCUGGGUGUGGCCUUGGGCGUCAGGCCCUGGGGAGGCAGCCUGGCCUGCCUGGGGCCAGCGUCCCUCUUGCUCUCCCAACGAGCUGCCCUCUGCCAGGCUGUAGGCGGAGGAGGGGCUGGGCUACUCUGCUGUGUGAAGGCCUCGCGGCGGACCACCGCCCUUGGCUGCUUCUCCGGGCCCUGACCCAGGCAGGACUCCGGAGUAGGCUGUUGGACUGUCCACGGGCUGUUGACCUACUGUGGACACUCACUCGCUGGAAACCCUUCCAAGGAGCAGAGCCCUUGUCCCCUGUCUGGUACCGGAGUGACGGUGCCUGCGGAUGACGUGAAGCCCUCUCCUCCCAGAAUGGGACAGAGCACAGCGCUCGCACUCCGCAGCGAGUAAGGUCGGCACUGACCCGUCUGAGUCUGUGACUCCUGGUCACACUUCUACAGCAUCACAACCUUUCACAUUUGCAACUGGCAGUCAGUGAAUUUUGUUGAUAAUUGUUUAAGGGGUAUGACUGUAAAGCAGGGAAACAAGACAAGUGGCCAUAGGAAACCGCGCCACGUGCUCACACUCACAGUGGAAGAGCCUGUCCAUCCGACGCCCGCAGACCCGGGGAUGGGCGGUGUUUGGCCGUGCAGUGCAGGAGGCCCUUCGUGUCACCACCAAAGCCGGCCUCACCCUUCCGUGCUGCUGCAGGGGCUCGGCGAGGAGUGUCCUCACAGCCUGACGUCCUGCCGGCAGGAGCGCAGACCUCGGGUGACGCCUCUGCCCUCCUUGAGCCUUGUUCUCUGCGGCCUGUGGUACCUGGCACGUGCAGAAGCCAGAGGCUCGGGGAAGCAGGAUGCCGACAAACGGCUGCGGGACAGACGUGGCAAACGUGUGCAGAGUGGGUGCUUCGUGUCUGUGUUCUGGUGCUGUGACUGGUCUUCAUUUGCUUAAAAAAUUUUUUUUCUGCCUUUUCUCUCCAUACUUAAAGGGUCGGUAGCUACUGAGUGGUGCUUCAUCUGAACAGGCCCGGACUGAAGCAAAACAGAAAACGGGACUGGCUUCUGGCAGAGAGUGAGCCGCCUUAGAGUUCGUGGUCCCCUGCCGCAGGCCGGGAGCCCAUCCGCGUCAGCCCUUUGCCAGGAGACCUCACACGUUGUCCUUUAGAGAUUUAACUAAACAUCUUCAAUAGAAACCUUCAGAGGCAAGUUAAGACUAAGUGGGAAUAAGGAAGGAACUGAAAUCGGGAAUAUCUUCUUCCAUUUGCUUAAUUCAUGGUUCAGUAUUUGGGUACAUUUUGUACCUUUUCAGAUCUGUGCUCCAGAGAAAUAAUAGAGUAACUUGAAAUAUUGUGUUUAAAGAAAUUCAAGAGUUCUAUCAUUAAAUUAUUUACCUAAUA